UCGUCCCUUCAAACUGAGCAAGUAACGAUAUCAGAAUCUGGUUGUUUACAUGCGUUUCACAGCUUAGACCAUGGAUUUUCUACUUAAGGGAAACACCUUAAUUUUGAUUAUUUUUACUAUGGCUUUAUUGCUAACUCCAUGGACUGAUGCACAAAGAUGUCCGAAUGAAGAAGAGUUAGGUGUUAAGGUACCAAGCUCGAAAAGAAUUCCAGACAAGUACAUGACGUCAUCAUCGCACCAGAGUAACGGGCACCAGGCUUUCCGUGGUCGAAUUGGUUUGGAGAGCAAAGGAUCAUGGGCUGAUGGAUGGUGUGCGUCACAGAGCGACUCAGAUCCCUACAUACAAAUCUUCUUCGAACAUUUGACAUAUUUUACGAUCAUUGAGUCGGAAGGAGUCGUUAUUGAUGGUGAAAAGAUUUUUGUUAAAGCCUUUGAAGUCUCAAACAGCAAUGACUCUAAGGAUUGGACGUUUUACUCUGAGGGAGGCAUAAAAAAGCAGUUUUCAGCUAAUGACGACGUAAAAGCAAAGAAUACGACGUUGAAAGACACGUGGGCUCAUUAUAUUCGUAUUUAUCCAAAGAGCCGCACGGGAAAAUGGAUGUGUAUGCGUAUUGCUUUGUAUGGAUGUCCAUCAGAUGGUCCCAGAAAGUUCCUUGAUUCUGAUCUCAUUAGUAAUGGAGCACUUGCGAAGAAGCCUUUGAAAGAAACUCUCUUCUUAGUAAUUCCAAUUGUAUUGUUUGGUUGUGUGAUCAUUGCUGGUCUGUUAUGCUUCUGCUGUCGGCACAGACCUAAGAGAGCACGUCGAAUAAGAGAGAAGAAAGAAAAGAAAGAGAAAGAAGCACAGCAUCAAACAGAGGCCAAACUUGGAAUUGAUAAUGAGAUAGUCUAUGAGCAACCACCUCCCUAUGAAUUUCAAACUGUCUCCCUUGACUUUAACAACGACAUGGAAGAUGGUGGGUUUCCGAACGAUAACUCCGCCCAGCUGGAGAAGCCUGUUUUUACUGACGAUAACAAGUUCUUCUCUUUUGAACGGAACGCUAUUGAUUAUUCUUAAGCUGAAACUACAGUGGG